AUGUCGAAAAAAUCGGCAGCUUCCAAGAAGAAACGCAAGUUUCAGGAAAUUCUCUUCAAAGAAGAAGAAAUUAAGUCAUAUCUCUCUAAAAUUAACAAGCAUGCCCUCUCUGCAAAUGAUAAAUCUAUGAUCGAAGAAUUCUCUACAAAGCCAAAAAAAGUUAAACCAAACCAUGCAUCUUCUAAUAUCCAAGUUGAAUCCGACUCGGAUAGUGAGCCAAUUUGUUAUGAAAAGGAUCUGGAACCCAUAAAACAUACUGAAAAGCCACUUUCAACAGCAGAGCUUUUGGCUCUGCUUAAGAAUGAUAAAAAAGAAGAGGAUAGUGGACCUAGAGAACCAGAACAAGUUAAAAGACAACCAGAUUACAAGGGUAUUACUGUGGAACGUGAUUUUAACAUCAACCUCAAGAGAUUAAAGCUCCCUUCAUGUAUGAUGGAACAAGAAAUAGUUGAUGCAAUAAAAUACAAUGACAUCGUUUUGAUUACAGGGGAUACUGGAACUGGGAAAUCUACUCAAAUCCCUCAAUUCUUAUAUGAAAACGGCUUCUGUAUCGGUAAUACGAUAAUUGGUGUUACACAAAUUAGGAGGGUUGCAUGUAUAGCAAUUGCCAACCAAAUUUCCCUGGAAUUAAAUUCAAAUGCUCUAGUAGGAUACCAGGUUCGUUACAACAAGGGAUACAAUUCAAAGUCUUGCAAAAUAAAGUUCAUGACUGACGGUAUUCUAAUGAACGAAUUACAUACCGACAUUUUGUGCAGUAAGUAUAGUGUAAUAAUUAUUGAUGAAGCGCAUGAAAGAAGAGCUAAUUGUGAUAUUUUAAUUGGCAUACUAUCCAGAGUUGUAAAGAUCCGUAGAUCGCGAUAUGAUAAUGGUGAUUCAUUACCGCCCUUAAAGCUAGUGAUUAUGUCGGCUACUAUAAGGAAGGAAGAUUUUCUUGAAUCAAAAAUAUUUGAUCAUAAAAUUAAAAGUUUGCAUGUGUUAUCGAAUGCAUACAACUGUACAAUACAUUAUUCCAAAAAAACUCCUAAGGACUACGUUAUAGAGGCCAGAGAUAAAGUUGCUAAAAUUCAUAAAAUUUUACCUCCCGGAAGUAUUCUAGUGUUUCUUACUGGCAAAGAUGAACUACACAGACUAAGACAUCUUCUAUUUCAAAUAAACAAUCCUUCACACACAAUGCAUCAAAAUCACUCGGCCACUCAUUCAUCUUCAUCACAUGUAGAUGACGAUGAUAAAAUAUUCGAAUUGGAAGCUGAAGAAAUUAGUGAUGAAGAUGAUAUAAGCUAUAAUGAAAGUGACAAUGAUAUUUUUGAGUUUAAUAGUGAUGAAGAGUAUCACAAUGAAUUAGAUACAGACGAUGGUUUCUAUCAAAUGGAAUUAGAUACAAUGUCUAGUAAUUAUACAAAACUUCAAGAAUCCAAAUGGCUUGGAUCAGAUGGUUCUGGAAAACUGAAAAUCGUCAUUUUACACGCUUCUCAGACGGAUAAGGAUCAGAUGGAAGCAUUCGCAAUCCCAAAUGAUAAUGAACGUAUUGUGAUUUUAUCCACAAAUGUGGCUGAAACCUCUGUAACUCUUCCCAAUAUUAGAUAUGUUGUUGAUACUGGAAAAGAAAAAAGGAAGGUUCAUAAUCCUACAAGAGGGGUUUCAAAUUUUGUUAUUUGCAACAUUUCCAAAUCAUCUGCUCAACAAAGGGCUGGAAGAGCUGGAAGAGUAGGUAAUGGUCAUUGCUAUAGACUUUACUCAAACAGCAUAUACGAAACACUGUUUGAUGAUUAUUCUCCAGUUGAAAUAGUAGAAUGUAACUUAGAGAGCAAUUUGUUAUUUUUAUCGUCAAUAGGCAUUGCUAAUCCAUACGAUUUUUCUUUCUUAACACCCCCUCCUGUGGAAAACGUAGAUAUUGCUAUGAAAACUCUAGCAACGUUAGGAGCAAUUGAAGUACCAAAAACACGGGACAUGAAUUAUAAUACCAUUCAUUCCAAGAUAACAUCCGACCCACUGAAAAUUUCACCAUAUUAUCCAGAUUUGUGUGAUUAUGGCUCUUUGAAAGAAUAUAAAAGGGCUAAAAUCACAAAGUUGGGAAGGUGCUUAUCCCUAAUACCCAUGGAACCCAGGUAUGCAAAAAUGAUAUAUUGUACUUUGAGUAAGGGGAAGAGGGCAAAUUACAUCGCUUUAUCAUUUUGUAUUGUAUCUGCAAUGUCAUUUAGCGGAGGGCUGUUCGUGGAGAGAAAUAUUUCAAGGGAAGAAAGUAAGGAAUUACCCAGUUUCUCAAACGAUAUAGAUAUGUUGAUAUGGCUAUUCUGCAAAUAUACUCAACGUACUACAAACAAGGUGGAAUUUUGUAAUAAUUAUAACAUAAACCAAAAGGCAAUUGGUGAAAUCUUUUUACAGGCAAUUCAAGUAUACAAUAUCCUAAAAAUCAGGUUUAGUGAUAUCCACCUUGAACAUGUGAAUUGGGACGAACCCAUAAAGAUACCAUUGCCCGAAGAAAGAAGAUGGCUUAAGGAAUCCAUAGUCGAAUGCUUAAUUGAUAAGUUAGCGAUAAAAGGGGCAUAUCUUGGGAGCAAAUCUGGUGGAUAUAAAUGUUCAGAAAUGCCAAAUGGAGCCGAAUGUGUCUAUUUAAACAACACGUAUUCAAAGUACAAAUAUGAAUGUGUAGUAUACAACUACCUAGUUGGGGAUGAAAAAAUAAGAAUGAGAGACGUACUACAAGCAAAUAUAGCGCAUGUGUCUACCAUCAAAUCACCAUUAGUACUCUCAAGAGAAAUACAGGAAACUCCGGUUCCAUCAUAUAACAAAGAGAAAGAUGUCGUUGAGGUGUAUACAAAAAAGUACUAUGCACCCUUGAAUUAUUAUCUAAAUGUUACAAGGGUAGCGCUGGAUCACAAACACCCCUUGUCUAUAAGAAUAUUCGCACAACACUUCUGCUUUGGACUUGUGUAUGGAAGAAUUGCUGAAUACAGUGGACUAUUGGCUGUCUCUAUGGACGAUUUUCUGAAACCGAUAAAAUUUUCCAGCAAGAUUGCCAUGUUAUUAGAAGAAAUGAUUUCCAAGAAUAUAGGCAAUAAGAAAGCAUUUGAGAAGGAAUAUCGCAAAAACAAAUUAUUUCUAUUCGAUAAAUAUAAGAAUCUACUAAAGGAAUCGACUGUUGAUACAGAAAGGCUGAAAGCAAGCUAUGAAUCUAUGGUAGAAUUGUAA